CGGUUAGCUCAGUUGGUUAGAGCGUCGUGCUAAUAACGCGAAGGUCGCGGGUUCGAUACCCGUACUGGCCAGGUAAACUUAUUCUUGGUUAGGAUGAAAGGUGCUUGUAAACGCUAAAACCACACACGGAUGUGUCUGUCUCUGGUAGUGGUAUGUAUCGUAACCCAUCCUGAGUAUGGACGGGGUUGGGACUGGGACACCAGACAACACUGUUGACUGAGCCCUCUGGAGGUGUCAUGGUCCAAAUUCAGCCAAACACUGAUGAAGGAAGGUACCUGCUUAAAAACCCCAUGCUCACAAAAACUUUGUUGUUGUUGAAUACUACUGCUCACCUACUUUUAUGGUUAGUCACGUUGUGGUGUUUAGCAUUGUGGGCUACAGAGGGGACUUGCUGUGUUUGUCACCAGCCAGUUGCGGGUUGUUGUAAUAUCCUGUUGGUCAGGAUCUAGGUUAGGUUGUUGGGAUAGAGUACUUGCAUAGACUGGCCACUGUGGGAGGUCCCCAACCAGUAGCACAAAGAUUUUAACAUCUUUUCCUGUGUAUAACUAAAUUACUGAAACUUAUAGUGAUCUGUCAGUCAAUAGUUGGAGUUCCUUUAUAUCACCUUUAUCUUCACCUCUUUCACUUACUUUGUUGAGUUAGGAUAAAACAGAGCAAAAAACGAAUCAUUAAAAUAAGAGCAGAUUACAAACUAUAAUAGGGUGUGUAUGAGGUAAGUACAAAUAUGGUAGAUAGCAUACAUGAUUAGAACACCUUACUACAGAGAGAGAUUAAACAAUCCUCUGUCUACACAGGAUAAACAUUUACUUUAACGAUCACCUUUCAUCUUCACCGAGAAUAAGUUUCUCUGGCCAGUACGGGUAUCGAACCCGCGACCUUCGCGUUAUUAGCACGACGCUCUAACCAACUGAGCUAACCGGCCAUACAUAUCCAAACGUUUACAAGAUGUCAGAUUUUUCCAACUUUAGAUCUUCCAACUUCUUCCAAGUGUCAGAUUCAGAAAACUUUUACAAUACCGUUUAGGGUACCAACUGCUUCAAUGGUUACAUACAACUGCAAAACUUCAAUUGUUACUCUACUCUAAAAGUUAUAUUGGUUUGGUUAGGUUGUUGGGUAUGAGUACUUGCAUAUCUUCUCAGUGAGAGGAUUGGCCACUGUGGGAGGUCCCCAACCAGGAGCACAAAGAUUUUAACAUAUUUUCCUGCGUAUAAGUAAACUACUGAAACGUGUAGUGAUCUGUCAGUCAAUAGGUGGAGUAAUAGUCACCUCUGUUCCUUUAUAUCACCUUUGUCUUCACCUCUUUCACUUACUUGGUUGACUUAGGAUGAAACAGCAAAACAUGAAUCAUUAAAAUAAAGCCAAUCAGAGCAGAUUACACACUAGAAUAGGAUGUGUAUGAGGUAACUAGAAAUAUGGCAGAUAGCCUACAGUAGAACAUCUUACUCUACUACAGGAUACACAUUUGCUUUAGCGUGAACGAGCACCUUUAAUCCUCACCAAGAAUAAGUUUCCAUGGCCAGUACGGGUAUCGAACCCGCGACCUUCGCGUUAUUAGCACGACGCUCUAACCAACUGAGCUAACCGGCCAUACAUCAAGGAGUUACGUGUUUGCAUUUUACCUCUUGAAGUUCCUUAGCGCCAGCUACCCUCGGAGAGUUUGAAAAGUAACGAACGCGUCUCGGCCCAAAAUCUGAUUUUUUUUUGCCGUAAGAAAUUGGAUGUGUGGCAUGUGCGUGUGAAAACAUGCAAAAGCGUGUGUCACACGGCGAAACCGUGAUAGUUGGCAGCUCUGGUUAACUGACUGUUUUUUUUUUUUUUUACAAAAGUACUCAACCUAUAGCCUAUUGUUGUGUUGGUUCAAGUACUUAUUCAACUCAAAUUAUUAAAAUGUACACGUAUAGGCCUAUGCUAAACCGUCACUGUAGGCCUACAUUUAAUUUUUUUUUAUUGCGACAUGUCCAUCUUUUAACUGGCAAAAAUGACGUCAUUAACACAAUUGUAAUGUGGUGAAUCACUGCUUCUGUUUGUCUGAGAGCGCGCGUGCCUACUACGCUGUAUUGUGCAGCGCUCGGGGAGGGGAGCGCACGAGCAUUUGGAGACCUUAAAACAUGCGAGGAAGCCCAAGGUUCUGUCCAAGUGUUUGUAAAGCAGACUAAGGUCCUUCUCCGCUGAUGUUACGAACUGUGGGGAUAUAUGUCUACACAGAAAUAAAAACAAAGGGUCAACUCAAAAAAACAAUGAAACACCUAAAUAUGUCAAACAAAACUUGCUACCUCGAUGCUGCCAAUCCAGGCUCUCCAGCGGUUUCCGCAUCUAUGUUCGCAGCUGGGGUUUUAGGAAACAUUUUCGCUUUGUUUCUGUUGGAGAUACGACGCCGGAGGAAGAGUCGCUCUCUUUUUCACGUGUUGGUUACUGCUCUGGUCAUCACUGAUUUACUCGGGACUCUUGCCGUGAGUCCGUUAGUUCUUGCCGCGUACGUGAGGAAGGAGAGUCUGGUAGAGAUGGGUGGGACAGCUCUCUGCAACCACUUCGGCUUCAGCAUGACAUUUUUCAGCCUGGCCACUCUGUCCAUUCUACUGGCCAUGGCCGUGGAACGCUGGCUCUCCAUUGGACACGCAUACUUUUACGAGAAGUACAUGACCAAGCGCUGGGGAUACUACACAAUUCCCCUCACCUACCUAGUUUGCUUUGCGUUCUGUUCUCUACCUUUCGCUGGAGUCGGGAAGUAUGUGUUGUAUUGUCCCGGUACAUGGUGCUUCUUUGACAUGCAUCCCCAAAAGCGCCUUGAACAAGUUUACGCGGGAGCCUACGCUUCUGCGAUGCUCGUGAUGAUCGUGUGCACGGUGCUCUGCAAUGGAUCUGUCAGCUACAAUCUAUUUGGCAUGUACCGGAGGAGAAAAAAUAACCACGGAUCGUUUCGAGGACCCCGUGGUCGAAAAAGAUAUGAGUCCAUCACUAAGGAAGUAGAGCACCUUAUUCUCCUCGUGGUGAUGACUGUUUGUUUUGUAGUGUUUUCUCUUCCGCUUGUGAUCCAGGUGUAUAUGAACUUCUUCCGAAUUGACAAUCAUCAGCAGGACCUCCGGAUGCUCCGCCUGCUCUCCUUCAAUUCCAUCGUGGACCCCUGGGUCUUCAUCAUCCUUAGCCCCUCUGUCCUGCGCUUCCUCUGGGGGAAGCUGUGCCGACGGCAGCAGACACCAGCAAGCGAGGAGAGCACCUUCCGCACCAUGAGAGCUUGCAGGCUUGGUCCCCCAAUAGAUGCUCACAAACUGCCUGCACAUACGGCCCGUGCCCUCUGCCUGUGACUGGUCACGACAAGAGAUGUGCCUGGAUUGUCAAGCGCACACUGAGGGGCCCACUGUGGCGCUAUUCACUGGAUGGUCCAAUCAGAUCAAAGGAUGUCCUCCUGUAGGUCGUGUCAGAGGUCAGGGUUGUGGUCACAGCUGUGGUCCCCAUGUGCCUCUGACUGGUUGGCCAUUAACUGUAAGUGGAGAGGUCUCUGAAGGGCAGAGGAGGGAACCCAGUACAGGACGAUCUGAAGGUGAAUAUACUGCAGGAACUAGGGAAGAUCCACCUGUGCAUCACUGUAGAAAUCUAAGACACACCAGUGAUGAUUGUAUGACACUAUACAUCAUACGCUUAUUCCAGUAUUUAUUUAGGGCCUUAAACAUUAAAUACUGUGACAGAAUGCAAGUCAUACAAGUCAACAUUGUCAUACAAGUCAACAUUGCUAUGCAUACAAGGAAACAGUUUAAAGCCAGGGUACCUGCUAAAUGGUACCAUGUAGUUCAGUUCACAUUUCUCAUUGUACACUGUAAUUUGAUAAAUAAAAAGCUAUGGAAAAAAUCAAGUAAUCAUAAUCAAGACCGGACUCCCACGAGAAUAGUAUGGUGUGUUCCUUAACAUGAGAACCUCAUUUUAAUUAUGACUGUUUGCUUUCAAAGGCUAAAAAUAUCUCAGAAUGUUGCCUUGAGUCCACAAGGAAAUUGAGGUCAGAGGAGAUGUAUAGUGUUCAACGUGGGUUUUGGGGUAGUUACGGUAUGUCAUGUUGUACCUCUGGGGAGAAUUAGGGGUUCAGAAACUUCACAAACCACUAUGAGUAUUGUUAUACCAUGCCAGAGACUUAAUUUGGAAAUUGUGUAGGAAAUUUGUAAAGGCAUCUUCCGUUUUCUGAGACUCCUGGUAUUUUUCUCAUAUGGAAGCAUUUUGAGAGCUUACCCGCAUGGACGCUUAACAAACAUUGUCAGUGGACUGCGUGAGGAUACUUGUAAUUGUAAUCAAUACAUCAUUUUGAUCAUUCUUUUUUAAACAUGCAGUGGGGCAAGUAACACAAACAUGAUGUUUAAUUUGGUGAAUUGUUAGAGGUAAGUGAAGGUGAAAGAAGUGAAAAGAAAGUAAAGAUUUCAUAAUGUAAAAA